GCGCCGGCUCUGUGGACGUCCAACAGCCUGGAAGCAGCACAUUGGGACAGCCAAGAGCAGGUCGAGGUUUUGUGGCUGCUGGCACAGCUGCGUGUGCCCAAAACGGGCUUCGCAGCUGAGCAUGUGCGGAGGUGCCAGGAGAAUGCCGUCCGAAUAUCGGAGGAGCUGCAGCCAGCAGACCUCUCGCGCUUGGCUUGGUCACUGGCGCGCCUGCAGAAGCUGCCAAAAGCAACAACGCAGGCCUUGGCGACACAAGCUUUGCCCCAAGUCGAGGCGUUUGAGCCUGCAGACUUGGCCCGCCUGGCUGCAGCACUCUGUAGGUUGGGAUACGACGAAGGAGCUUGGCAGCUCUACGUCCGCGUGCAGCGGGCCCUGCCAGGCGCUUCUGGGACUCAAGAUCUCCGGGGGACGCUCCAGCCAUGGCUUGCAAACUGCACUCUGCGCGAUGUCUCCUCGUCCUCGGCGUCGUGGUGUUGGCAUUGCCCUGGUCCAGGAGCUUCAGGUUUUGGUGGAGGAGGAGCAGGACAUUGGCGUCAUAGGAAUGGUCCGAUCCCGCUUUGGGACAUCCCCGGCCCGACAUGGGGUCUCGGCGACGCUGAAGCAAGUCAACUUCAACCAAUGGGAGCUCAAGGCGCUUCGCCACUUCAAAGUGCUGGGCCCCGCGGAGCACGACGGAGAUAUCACCCGGGCCAAGGUGGAGUGGGUAAACGACGAGACCUCGGAGGAGGAUGUGAAGCUUGCUGAGACGCUGGUUCCGCUCGUGGAUGAAUGGACCGCAACCCUCAUGGAGAUGGGCAAAGAGCGGUACGACGGCCAGCUGUCCGACAUCUUAAAGGACCUCGGCGACAUGCCAGAAGCAAAAGCACCAGGGGAGCUGGCGAUCUGGGUGGCUGCGCUGGUCAACCCAAUUCCAGCCCUAGGUGUGGCCUACGAAAUUCGGCCGGCAGUACUUUCUGCCUCAAGCGUCCGAGAGCGACUGGAAGUGGCCAUUGAGGGCAUCCGAGGGAGCAUCGACCAUAUCAGCGGAAAGCGGAAGCUGUUCUGA